CUUGUGCCUGCCUCAAUCGACGCAGCUUCUCCCGGCUGCAUUUCAAGCUUCCAAGUCUCAGCGUCAGAAAAAGCCACCCUCCACCCGCGUCCCGGGGCAGGAGAGCUUCAGUGAGGGCGCGCACCCAGAGGCUGGACACGGCGUUGGGGGAGCAAGGUUAGGUGCCAGGGUCCGCAGGAAGCCAGCGCGGUGUGCUCUGCAGCCGCCAGGGUCCCAGGUCCCAUCCACAGGCACGCCUCGGGCCACCUUCUCGCUGCAGACUUCCCAGGAGCUGCCUCUCCCUGGCAAAGGUGUAGUGCAGGAGCGGACCCAGGGUUUGCAUUGGAGCCGAAGCUGAGAGCACCUGGACAGGAGCUGCCUUCGGGCCUCGUGGCCCCCAUGCUUGUGUCGUGGCUAGCGGGUGUCGGGGCCGGGCUGAUCUGUCUGCACUUGGUGCAGAAGCUCCUGUUCCCUUACUUCUGGGCUGAUUUCUGGUUCCUGCUGAAGGUGGUGCGUUAUGGCAUUCGCACAGAGGUGUACAAGCGGUCAGGAAAGCUGGUCACAGUGCUGGACAAGUUUCUGAGCCAGGCUGAACGGCAGCCCCACAAACCCUUCAUCAUCUACGAAGGGAACGUGCACACCUACCGCGACGUGGACCGGAGGAGCAACCGCGUGGCCCACGUCUUCCUGCGCCACUCCUCGCUGAAGAAGGGGGACACGGUGGCGCUGCUGAUGACCAACGAACCCGACUUCAUCCAUGUAUGGUUCGGCCUGGCCAAGCUGGGCUGCGUGGUGGCCUUCCUCAAUUCCAACAUCCGUGCCCACUGCCUCCUGCACUGCAUCCGCACCUGCGAGCCCGCUGCCCUGGUGGUGGGCGCAGACUUGCUUGAAGCUGUGGAGGAAAUGCUGCCGAGUCUCCUCAAAGACAUCAGCGUUUGGGGGAUGCAAGAUUCUGUUCCGCAAGGCGUGAUUUCUCUCAAAAACAAGUUGAGCACCUCAUCUGAUGACCCCGUGCCACGGAGCCACAACAGGGCCUCCAGCCUCAAGUCCACAUAUCUUUAUAUUUUUACCUCUGGAACCACAGGGCUACCAAAGGCAGCUGUGAUUACUCAGCUGCAGGCUUUAAAAGCCUCUGCAGGACUGUGGGCUUUCGGCUGCACAACGGAUGACAUUAUCUACAUAACCCUCCCUCUCUACCACAGCUCAGCCUCUCUCCUGGGCAUUGGGGGAUGUGUUGAGUUGGGUGCCACUUGUGUGUUAAAGAAGAAAUUCUCAGCAAGCCAGUUCUGGAAUGACUGCAAGAAGUAUAACGUGACUGUGUUUCAGUAUAUCGGGGAACUCUGUCGCUACCUUUGCAAACAACCUAAGAGAGAAGGAGAGAAGGAUCAUCGCGUACGCUUGGCCAUUGGAAAUGGUAUGCGGAGUGACGUGUGGAGGCAAUUUUUAGACAGAUUUGGACACAUUAAGAUGUGCGAGUUCUAUGGAGCCACUGAAGGAAACAUAAGUUUCAUGAACCACACUGGGAAAAUUGGAUCUGUUGGGAGAACAAAUUUCUUUUAUAAACUUUUCUUCUCGUUUGAUUUGGUGAAGUAUGAUUUUCAGAAAGAUGAACCCGUGAGAAACGAGCAGAACUGGUGUACUCCUGUCAAAAAAGGAGAGCCUGGACUUCUCAUCUCCCGAGUGAAUACAAAGAAUCCUUUCUUUGGUUACGCCGGGUCUUCCAGGCACACAAAAAGCAAGUUACUUGUUGAUGUUUUCAAGAAGGGAGAUGUUUACUUUAACACAGGAGACUUAAUGGUGCAAGAUGCAGAGAAUUUCCUGUAUUUCUGGGACCGUAUUGGAGACACCUUCAGGUGGAAAGGAGAAAAUGUUGCCACCACAGAGGUGGCGGAUGUGGUUGGAAUGCUGGAUUUCAUACAAGAAACAAACGUCUACGGUGUGCCCGUGCCAGGCUAUGAAGGAAAAGCAGGAAUGGCUUCUAUUAUUUUAAAACCGCAUAAAUCUUUAGAUUUGGAAAAAGUUUAUGAACAAGUUGUGACCUCUCUGCCGGCUUAUGCUUACCCACGGUUUUUAAGAAUUCAGGAAAAAAUGGAAACAACAGGGACAUUUAAACUACAGAAGCUUCAAUUGGUGGAAGAAGGAUUUGACCCAUUGAAAAUUUCUGAUCCACUUUACUUUAUGGAUAACUUGAAAAAGUCUUACAUUCCUUUGACUAAAGAACUUUAUGACCAAAUAUUACUAGGAGAAAUAAAACUAUAAGAAUUUGCCUAUUUGGGGCUGCCAUGUGCUCUCCAUUGAAGAGAGGAUAAGUAUGGAUGCUUCUCAACUUCUAAUGGGGUUAUAUUUUCAUAAACCAAAUGUCGUAAGUUAAAGUUGAAUUGAAUACACCUAACCCACCAAGCCUAUCUGCUUAACAACAUAGCACAUUCAUUGCAGAAUCAUUUUUCCUGGCUCCUGGGCUGACAGGGUGCUGCGGUCCUCUGCUAUUGUCCAACAUCAACGAAGAGUAUCUUAGGCAUACCAUAAGCCCAGAAAAAUACCAAAAUUCAAAAUUCUGUGAAUGGUUUCCACUGAAUAUCAUUUGAAAGUAAAGUUGAAGCAUCGUAAGUUGUGAGUAUGAAUGUGAUCACGGUUAUUUUGUGAUUCUUUACUAUUAAAUCGGGAAAGGGAACGAACAUUAAUCCUCUGCUGUAUUUCCUUAGUAUGGAAGGGAAUUUCUUUAACUCUAUAAGGAUUUAAUGUGUUUUGAUUAAUAUAUGCACUAGUUGACUACUCUUUUUAUCUGUUUGGGGAAUUCAGUGUUUGAUAAUGUUUGUCUUAAGAUUUGGAAUAAUAGAUAAGACAUUAACAAUUUAGAUAAUCACCUAAAAGUACUUUCUAUUAUGUAAUGUUUCUACUUUUGAAUAAGUAAUAAAAACUUACUCAAAUAUUUUAUUUUUAUUUGUUAUACAGUAUAAAUAAAUAAAGCCAUGUUUGCCUACUGUGUCUUUUGAGUUUUUAUUAUGCUGUUUUUAGUUGUAAGGUUCCAGUCAAAGGGAGCUGACUAACUCCAUGCACUCAUAUCUUCUUUAUCUUAAACUUGCAACAGGAUUACAGAAGACAUGGGAACAUAAAUAAGAGCAGAAAGCUGCUAAGCCCAAAGCGUCAUCAAAUACUGGAAGGAAUCACAUAACUGGGAUCAAACUAAUAAAGUUAAGCAGAAC